AUGUUAGCCAGUGAAAUAUUAUACAUACUAGUUGUUCUUUUACAUAUUACCGUUGGAUCCAAUGCUCAAACUGUUUAUUCCUGCAACGCAUCCGCUGCAUGUGGUUGUUCGAAAAAUUCAGCCAUCUUAUCGCGAAUUGUCGGUGGAGAGGCAGCUAAUGCUUCAACAUGGGGAUGGGCAGUCUCGAUAUCCAUCGAUAAUAACUAUCUCUGUGGUGGAUCAAUCAUAUCUUCCUCAUGGAUUCUCACCGCAGCACAUUGCGUCAACGGAUAUACAGCAUCAAAAGUUACCAUCUAUGCAGGUUCAACUCGCCGAUGGGUUGGUAGUCAAACGAGAGUAGUGUCACAAAUUAUUAUUCAUUCCAGUUAUGACACAGACACUUAUGAGAAUGAUAUUGCCUUACUGAAACUCGGAACUGCACUAACAAUGAGUGACACUGCUAUCAGUACUAUCUGUUUGCCAUCGGUGAGCUCAGCGACGCUUGCUGCUGGCGAAUGGCCUGCUGCCGGGACAACUGUAGUUGCUGUGGGAUGGGGAACAUUGAGUGAAGGUGGUGCACUACCAUCGACACUACAACAAGUUACUCUACAAACCAUCAGCUACAUAGCGUCUAGUUGCAGUUCAUCGAUAACAGAUUGGCACAUACAAUUAUGUGCUGGAGUGUCAGGCGGUGGGAAAGAUACUUGUCAAGGAGACUCAGGUGGUCCACUGGUGAUGUUUAGUUCGAGUAAACAAUGGGUGUUGGUCGGUUUGACUAGUAACGGAAUCGGAUGUGCCCAAGCUAAUUAUGCAGGCAUUUACACACGUGUAGCUGCUUAUGAAGAUUGGUUAAAUAUAGCAAUGAGUUCCAGCAAUAGACUCACGCAGCGAAAGACUAAAUCAUUGCUCUUUUUCUUAUCAUUAUUCUUAUCUGUUCUAUUUUGCUAA